AUGCAGGGCAAGGUAUUCGCUGUGACCGGUGCCGGAUCAGGCAUUGGAAGGGCCACAGCCGUGAGGCUAGCGGAACUUGGGGUUCAAGGCAUUGCCAUCAGCGACAUCAAUGAGGCCGCAUUGGAUGAAACGAAGGCACAAUGCAGUCAGUAUCAAACAAAAGUCACGUGCAAAAGGCUCGAUGUGGCCAAGGUUGAGGACGUCGAUUCAUGGAUCAACGAGGUCGUGCACGAUCACGGUAGGCUGGAUGGUGCCGCAAAUAUUGCUGGCAUCGCCGGCGGUGAGGGCCAGGUGACAGAGGACAUAGUCCAAAGAGACUGGGAGAGAAUGAUCUCCGUCAACCUUACGGGGGUGAUGAACUGCAUGAGGGCUCAGCUGCAGAAGAUCUCGAAGCCUGGAGGGUCCAUCGUGAACGUGUCCAGUACAUCGGGCCUCCGAGGUCUUCCCAAGAAUGCAGCCUACGCCUCGAGCAAAUUCGGUGUCAUCGGCUUGACAGAAUCGGCCGCAGCAGAGUAUGGCAAGCAGGGUGUAAGAAUCAACGCCCUUCUACCAGGCCCAAUCGAUACUAAAAUUUUCCGAGACGGCGAGGCGAAAGGGCUCUUUGAUUCGGACAUAAUAAGCGCCGGCACCUUAAUGGGUCGCAUGGGUAAAGCGGAAGAAGUGGCCAAGGUAUUGGUAUUCUUAUUGAGUGAUGAUGCAUCGUUUGUGACCGGAGCACGCUGGACAGUGGAUGGAGGUUACUCUGCGUGUGGCUUCUACAGGGCUGGAUAA